AUGCAACUAUGUCAUGAGUCAGUCCUGGCUCAGCAGAAACAGGGAGUCCAUUCCCCGAAUCCACCUGCGUCUCUGGGCAAGCACAAGGUCGCUUUUGGUCUGCGAUUAGCCCCCUAUCCGCCAUUCGAGGACGUGCCACAUAGCCUCGUGGAGCUGUCACAUCUUCCGGAUAUGUAUGAUCCAAAAGCUGGUGUACCGCGACCAGCAAAGCUUUACACAAAGCAGGAAUACUCUGAAAAAUUCAUAUUAAUAUUGGAGGGUCGCGCUCUUGUCACAAUUGGUCAAGACGAAAUGACUUUCGAAGCAGGACCUUGGCAUGCUUUCGGUACUGAAAUGUUGGAGCGUCUGAUGGUAUACAGUGAAUGUGAUUCAAAAAGUAUGGUCGACAUGGAGUUCUCUAGAAUAUCACUAACAACUGAAAGCAACAGACAGGUUUACGAGCGUGUAACUGGCCUAUACAAUGACCUGCGAUGGCUAGCCGAUGUGUCAAGUCAGUGUUUUAUCCUCCUAGACAAGUCUGGUACCAAUUUCUCGACGCCGGAGAAAUAA